CGCUGGUCAUUUUCCGAAAAAAAUAUCAGAUAACAGAAUGCUUCGAUGCAUAAAAAGAAAUGAAUUUGGUCGUAAAGCUUAUCACAAUUCCGAGUGAAAGAAUACCUUCACACAUCCUAUCGACAACAACGGCAACAUAAGCAACACGCAAGUCAAAACACAACGAAGAUUGUUAGGCAAAGAGUCUAGACUUCUUGUUCUCUCCCUCCCUUACCCAAAAAAUGGCGUCCUCCUCGUCUCUAAUGAUGAAUCCGUUGACCUCACCAUUCCACAAAUCCCUAAAACCAGAGUCUCUCCUCUUGGUGGGCCCUACAGCAUCACCAACAGCAACUCAACUGUGGCUGCUGACACAAAACAAGAAGCUCAAACAGAAGCCAAAGUCAGUGUCUUUCUCUGCUUCUUCUUCGUCUUCUCCUGUGGUGUGCAAGGCAGUGUCUGUUAAGCAACCAGAGACUGAGAUUGAAGGUCUCAACAUUGCCGGGAAUGUUACUCAGCUUAUUGGGAAAACUCCAAUGGUUUACCUAAAUAAUAUCGUAAAGGGGUCUGUUGCAAACAUUGCUGCCAAGCUUGAGAUCAUGGAACCAUGUUGCAGUGUCAAAGACAGGAUAGGUCAUAGUAUGAUAGCUGAUGCUGAGCAAAGAGGACUUAUAACUCCUGGAAAGAGUGUUCUUGUGGAACCUACAAGUGGAAACACAGGCAUAGGCCUUGCAUUUAUAGCUGCUUCAAAAGGAUAUAAACUCAUCUUGACAAUGCCAGCAUCAAUGAGUUUAGAGAGAAGAGUUCUUUUUAAAGCGUUUGGAGCUGAGCUUGUUUUAACUGAUGCAGCAAAGGGCAUGAAGGGUGCAGUUCAGAAAGCUGAAGAAAUUGUGAAAAGAACACCCAACGCUUACAUGCUUCAACAAUUUGAUAAUCCUGCAAAUCCUAAGAUACACUAUGAAACAACUGGACCAGAAAUCUGGGAAGAUACAAGAGGCAAGGUAGAUAUUUUUGUUGCUGGUAUUGGAACUGGUGGUACCAUUUCUGGAGUUGGUCGGUUCCUCAAGGAGAAGAAUCCCAAAAUUAAGGUUAUUGGUAUAGAACCUUCAGAAAGCAACAUUCUCUCAGGUGGAAAGCCUGGUCCUCACAAGAUUCAAGGGAUUGGAGCUGGUUUUGUACCAAGGAAUUUGGAUCGGGAUGUGGUUGAUGAAGUAAUUGAGAUAUCAAGUGAUGAAGCUGUUGAAACUGCAAAGCAAGUGGCACUCCAGGAAGGCUUAUUGGUCGGCAUAUCUUCCGGAGCAGCUGCAGCUGCUGCAAUUAAGGUCGGAAAGAGACCUGAGAAUGCAGGGAAGCUGAUUGCAGUUGUGUUUCCAAGCUUCGGCGAGCGGUACCUCUCCACUGUUCUUUUCCAGUCAAUUCGAGAAGAAUGUGAGAAAAUGCAGCCUGAGCCAUGAUAAUCUCCUAGCUUUUGUUUGUUUAAUUCCUUUUUCUUAUCCGUUACACAUAAUAAAAAAAAAAAAUGUUUUCCUUUCCAUGUCUCCUGUGUGCAUCAUUGGUUGGAUCUUAGCUUAACAAUCCUCUAUUGUAACUGGUCGUAGAAUUGUACACGUUUUUGUUGAACUUUUGAAAGGGGAAAAUAUAUUGAAAUUGGAAAUUUUAGA